ACCUUGCAUCUCCAGCUUCAUUCUCCUCUGCUUAGAUUGAUACCCCCUAUCUCUCCAUCCAUCACUCCCCUCGGUCAAUUCUUUCAAAAUGGCGCCCAAGAUUGCUAUCAUCUAUUACUCGAUGUACGGCCACAUCAAGACUCUGGCCUUGGCCGAGAAGGAGGGUAUUGAGGCUGCCGGUGGCUCCGCCGACCUCUACCAGAUUGAGGAGACCCUGCCCCAGGAGGUCCUGACCAAGAUGCACGCUCCUCCCAAGGACACCAACAUCCCCGUCCUGUCCGACCCCCACGUCCUCGAGAAGUACGACGCUUUCCUGUUCGGCAUCCCCACCCGUUACGGCAACUUCCCCGCACAGUUCAAGGCUUUCUGGGACAAGACCGGUGGCCAAUGGCAGACGGGUGCUUUCUAUGGCAAGUACGCCGGUGUCUUCGUCUCCACUGCCACUCCCGGUGGUGGACAGGAGUCCACCGUCAUCUCUACCAUGAGCACUCUCGUCCACCACGGCAUGCUCUUCGUUCCCCUCGGUUACAAGACGACCUUUGCUUUGAUGGCCGACCUGUCUGAGGUCCGUGGUGGCUCUGCUUGGGGCGCCGGUACCUUCGCUGCCCCCGACGGCUCCCGCCAGCCCACGAAGAACGAGCUUGAGCUCGCCAAGAAGCAGGGAGAGGGCUUCUACAACACCGUCGCCAGGGUCAACUUCGAGUGACUAGAUGCUAGCAAGGCGGGUGCCACUGAGGAGAAAUCGGAGGCGAAACCUGCGCCUGCUGGUGCCCAGCAGCAAUCACAGCCGCAAGCUUCAGCAUCGCAGCCUCAACAGAAGGAGAAGCAUGACAAGAAUGGACCUUGCGGACUCCCUGUCAAGUGUUCCAUUCUCUAGUUAACUUUUGAUAAUGAUAUAACUUUCCUACAGUUCAUCUUAGCGCCAACAAUGACUCUCUUUUGCGAUCAUGCAAUUCCAGUGCUUGCCAUAGUUGUUUCCAUCUGAACAUGAUACCAUGACGGUCGGAAUGCUCAGAGUACGGAAAGAGCCCGUUGGCAACGAAUCAACGAGAUGAAAUAUCGAUAAGCUCUGAUAUAAUUGCGCUUUCUUGAGAUGGAAAACGGCGUGAAGGAGAUGAUGAAAGGGUUCCGUGGAGGGCCGCGUGGGU